UCUAAACUAAAAAAUCCGUUUUAUUUUCAAAUAUCACAAAGACUUCUUUCCCAUACUCUGCUUUCCCCUAUUUCAACGAUUCCUACCAAACAACGCGCGCCAUCUGUUCUUAUUGGCGACUCCACCCCCCCGAAGAGGAAAAGCGAAGACAUGGUUCCUGGUGGGAAGCUUCUCUCGUUGAAUCAGAAGCAUUGUGAGUUAUUUGAGUCUCAUGAACAGUUAAAGAACCCGCCGUUUGAGUCUGGCAAUAACAAUAGAAGCUCUGCUCUUGCGCUUCAGAUCCAUGAAGCAGCAAAUCAGAGGCUGAUGCAAACACCAGCAGACACUGAGGAAAAGGCUAAGUUGAUUGAAGCUCUUCUGCGCUUGCCUCCUAUUGGUUUGACACUCUCGAACAUGGCCCCUUUCUUGGGCUUGGAUGAACUGGGCGUUUCCCAUGCAGAAAACACUACUAAAUGUACUGAUGCUGUUGCUGGGACUAAUAGUCAUAGCGCAGGCCAUUCUGAGGUUCAAGAAAAGGCCUGUACUGAUAAUAAGAAGAUGAAAGCUUCAAACUUCUGUCAGGGACCCAGGAGCUGGCAUUCGGACAAGGGCAUGAACCCUAGAGCAGAGAAACGAAGAGAAUAAAGAAUAAGAGGGGCUGAGACCUGUUGGCAACACACUGUUUGUUACUUCAAGUAUUGAGUCUGUCGUUUUAAUUGAGAGUCAGUCAUGGUCAGUUUAUCAAUUGUAAGAGUUAGUUACAGGUGAGAGAAAUGUAAGAAUAAGAGGGGAAGUCAGAGGAAAGGAAAAAUAUCAUUGAGAAUAUUAUUGUAAGAGAAUUCCUGUAAGGAGGUUUGAGAGCCCUCGAAGCACUCCCGUGACAAUACAAUUUCUGCUAGUCUUUUUAUCAAA